AUGGUCAGCGUACGGAUCAUCUUUCUUGGUUUUACUUUUUUCUUGUCGUUCAUAUUUUCACGUUGUGAUGAUUCGAUUGACGCACGUUCUUUGGAGAGUGCUAUCAAGACUCAGGAAGAAAAAGAGCUGAUAGAAGCACUACAGGAAGUUCUUGAAAAGCUAAAGAAUAAACAAAUGCCUAACUCAGGGAAGAAGUUUGGAAGACUGCCUUCAUGUGACGCUGGUGAACAGUGUGCUGUACGGAAGGGCGCGAGAGUUGGGAAGCUCUGCGGCUGUCCCCAAGGAACAGCGUGUGAUUUCUUCAUUAUGAAGUGUCUCUAA